CACAUUAACGAUGUACUUCAGACAGCACUGGAAAGAUGAAAGAUUGUCGUACGAUCCUUGUCUUGGAAAUGUCUCCCUCAACGGCCGACUAGCAGACAGCAUCUGGGUACCGGAUACUUACUUCCCUAACGACAAGCGUUCUUUCGUUCAUGACGUCACAGUCACAAACAGAUUACUUCGAUUCCACUACGACGGUACCAUCACAUACGGCAUGAGGAUAACAAGUGUUGCUUCGUGCUAUAUGGAUUUGAUACAUUACCCAAUGGAUGAACAGAACUGCUCUCUAGAAAUUGAAAGUUAUGGCUAUACGACAGCAGAUGUCAACUUAGUGUGGAAGUAUGGCGACGAUUCACUAGAGGGAGUCAGCAAUAUUGAAAUGGCCCAGUUUACACUUAGCGAUUACAAACUUAUAGUCAAAAUGCAGAAUUUUUCAACAGGGGCACACUCGUCUCCUCACGUGGAGAGGUAUGAUGAGGUAGCGAGAAACCCACGUUCAAGAAGAAGUUCGUAUCCUCGUCUAGCUUUAACGUUUAGAAUCAAGAGAAAUGUGGGAUUCUUCUUCCUUCAGACAUAUCUUCCAUCAAUCUUACUCGUCAUGUUAUCAUGGGUGUCUUUCUGGAUCAAUCAUGAAGCAACAUCAGCAAGAGUUUCAUUAGGAAUAACUACGGUCCUGACGAUGACCACGAUCAGCACGGCAGUAAGGCAAUCGUUACCAAGAAUCUCCUAUGUCAAGUCCAUCGAUAUCUACGUCAUCACAUGCUAUUCCUUCGUGUUCGCCGCCCUGGUCGAGUACGCCAUCGUCAACUUCCACUAUUGGUCUGAACAGAAGAAGAAAGUAAAGGAGGCGCAUGGCAUCAAGAAUAACCCUUCGUCAAAUAGCAAUAAUAAAAAACAGCCUGAAGUCAGAUAUGAUCAGUUACAGCAGUUCAACCCCCAGGUGGCGCUACGACUAUCCCAACUGGAUUCCGAAGAGGAUAACGUCGACGACGGCGAAAUGAAAAACAGCAUAGGUUUAGACGCCAUCAAUGGUAACGACCGCUGUCAUCGCCGAACAUCACUGACAUACAGACCACAGCACAGAAGCACAACACAAAAUAAUGCAAGAAACAGCACGUCAUACGGACCGCGUUAUACGAACGUCAAUCCGAGUCUUACGAGGCGUCGGAAAAAGAAGCCGAAGAAGAUCCGAGUUUUGCCGAAGAUCCGAAAUGUAAAUACAGUAGACCGAGUGUCACGAAUCCUCUUCCCUUUUGUGUUUUUAGUUUUUAAUGUAUUAUAUUGGGUAGGGUAUCUGUACGUAUUGCCUAAUAAGUCAAAACAUGAAUAGCCAUUGUAUUUACACUUAUUAUCAGCAUUAAAUAUAUUUAUCUCAAACUACAUAGAUUACAUUGUAUCUCCACAGCAUAGUUAUUGCGUAGAAAGAAUAAACUCGCAAUCCCUAAUUUUUCUACAUCUGGGGACCGUUUCAUGAAAGUUGUCAGCACUGACAAGUUGUCUUUCUCCGACAGUUACCAUAGUAACAGUCAGAGGCCAGUACCUUUCAGCCAAUCAAAACCAAGGAUUCACUGAAAUUGUCAGCACUGACAAUUUAGUCAGUGCUGACAACUUUGAUGAAACACCCACCUGAACUACAUAUAGCAUAGCAUAUACAGAAUUUGCAAGCUAAUAGAGAUGUUAAAUAUUUUCUACAUCAUAACCAUUCAUAAUUAUGUUAAAAGAGGCGAGAGCAACGUUUGGGCCUCUUAAAAAAAUUGUACACCAUUAGAUAUCUUUGAUCAUAUUGAACUCAGUUCUUGACCACUAUUUCUCACAAAUAUUAUAAUAUGCAUCUAAUAAGUUAUUUUGGAACUAAUGUUUUCACUAUAAGCUUAUCUUUUUUGUUCUUUCACCAUAUCUAUGUUGAAAACAUUGACGAAUAUGAAUUCGAAUAUAUCCAGAUAUAGUCUUAUGAUAUCCUUAACCAUACAUUAUAUUUAUCUUUUAUUAAUAAUUUAGAUGGUUUUUACAUGUUUUUUUUCAAUAAUUGAAGUUUUUAUUCCGCAAAUACUGAUUUCACAUCACGCAAAUCAAAGUUUUCCUCAUACCUCUCUCAUCACCAUAUCGCUAAAUCAUAGAAUUUCCAAUAGAGCUUAUGCAUGUGACGUCACAGUAUCAUAGUGCCCAGAGGUUAAAGGUAUAGUUUUGAGAUAUGCGUCAGCAGCAGAUCACCAAUGCACAGAAGGCAAUGAUACUUGCCUCUAAGAUCGCACUAUGAUAACGUCAAUGCAUAGGGUCUUUUCUGCUGGCACACCCCUUAUUGCAUCAGAUCAUGUAGUGUGAAAUUUGGUUUCCUUGCCGAGGGACAAGUAUAACUGGUGUGUUGGCUCAGUUGGUAGAGCGUCUGUCUCAAAAAGUGAGGUCGGGAGUUCAAACCCCAGCCGCAUCAGACCAAAGGAUGGGAGUUGCUGAAACCUUGUUUGGCGUUCAACGAUUUAAGGUAUAGAGCAACGUCGAUCUGGCGCUGCUGAGUGACUGCCGGACCCACGAUCAAUUGGGCUAAAUUAAUUUUCGGAGUAUUUCUAUAUAUGAUAUCUUUUUCUAACAAAAAAAAAGAAGGAUUUUUGUUUUUUAUCGGCAGCGUUCGAACCCGAGUUUCGUGAAUACAAGACCAGUUAAUUGUCCGCUCGAUCUCAGUACUUUAACUCAGAAAAAUGGGAGAGAGAGUGAUAGAGGGGGGGGGUUGAUGUAUAAGGAAUGGAGUGAAGAGAAGAAAGGCAGGAGAGAGUAAGAUACAGAGAAGGGGAAAAAGAGAGGGGGAGUUAAGUCUAGAUCUAGACGUUAGUAGGUAUUUGUUCAGAAAACCAUAUCUUUACUCUUUGCGUAUAGUAUAUGCUUACCAAUAUACCAGUCUUCUCUUUUCUCGCCUUCUCUUAUGGAGACUGGAUAUGAGCAGAGAUUAGUGGGAGGUAGAAACUCUGAGGAAGAGAUUGAGGCAUGACAAGAGUAACACAUGACAAAAGGUGUAGAGUGGGCAGUGGCAGAGUCGAUAUGAAUAAAUCUAGCAUCGGGUGUAAAAAAAUCUGAAAAGAAGAGGUUUCGAAGGAUAGAGAUAGAAAGAAGAUAAUGCAAAGGGGAAUGAGCACGCGUUGAUGGAACGCUUCAGGGAUGAGAAAGCUAGUAGAGAGAGAGGGGGUGUAAAACAACAGAGCAGAAGUUUGGUUAGCAAAGCAAAAUAUUGAAUAUUUCGAACGACGAAAAAAAGAUAUAGAUAAACAAAUUCAAUUCAAAUGGAUUGAGAGCAAAUCCGCAUAAGAGAGGAAAUAAAGAAGAAAUGAACGAACGG